UUUAUUUUUUAUUUUACUGCGCGCUGGUGGGUCAUUCUGACUAUUAGUAUUAUCGCGAGCCUAAUAUAAUUCAAUAAUAAUUUUAUUAUAUUUAUGAUGAAGAUCCUCAUAGUUUCUUUGAGUUUUUUAUUUUUUAUAGUAGUUCAUGGAGAUGUUCUUAGUAAAACAGAUAAUUUUAAACAUGACCAUUUCUUAAAAGGCGUGAAAGAACUUGAAGAUUCAAAUUCUAACUGGACCGUGGAAUAUCUAGCCGAGUCUUAUGGGUACACAAUUGAAACUCAUACCGUCACCACUUCAGAUGGAUAUAUUUUAACAUUGCACAGAAUUCCCAGUGGCAGAGCUACAGAGAAAAAAAAUGGCAGAGUUGCAUUCCUUCAACAUGGAAUUUUAUGCUCCUCAGCCGAUUGGAUAGUAAUGGGUCCCGAAAAUUCUCUAGCGCUUAUGCUAGCGGAUGAUGGAUAUGAUGUUUGGAUGGGUAAUGCCAGAGGAAAUACAUGGAGUAAAAAACAUGUGAGUCUAGACACCAAUGAUCCAAAGUACUGGCAAUUUUCAUGGCAUCAAAUUGGAGAUAUUGAUUUGCCUACUAUGAUUGAUUAUGUUUUGGAGCAAACAGGAGUAUCUCAGGUGUAUUAUGUUGGUCACUCGCAAGGGACAACUGUAUAUUACGUGAUGUUAUCCAUGCAUCCAGAGUAUAACAGUAAAAUUAAGAUUGGCGCAUCACUUGCCCCUAUUGGAUUUAUGAACCACAUGACUGGGCCUCUUCUUCGUGUAAUUGCACUAUUUACGAAUGAGUUAGAUAUACUGGGAAGUCUUAUUGGAGUGAAUGAGUUUGUACCGACCAGCGAUUUCUUCAAGUAUAUAGUAGGAGAUGCUAUAUGUUCAAAGAAUUCUAUAACUCAACUGUUAUGCGAAAAUGUUCUGUUUGCACUAUGCGGAUUUGACUAUGAUCAAAUGAACGUCACUCUUCUACCAACGAUAUUAAAAUAUCUUCCUGCUGGUUGUUCAACUAAGCAAGCUGUACAUUAUGGUCAGGAAAUUAACUCGGGGUACUUCCGGCAGUACGACUAUGGACUUAUUUCAAAUAUAGAGCACUAUAAUAGCCUUUCCCCUCCAAGUUACGAUUUAUCUAAUAUAGUUACACCAACUUACUUAUUUUAUAGCCGCAAUGACUGGCUGUCAGCAGAAAAGGAUGUUACACGUUUGUGUGAAAAGAUGGGUUCCGCCUGUAAAGGAAAAAUACUGAACAGUAAUUAUAAUUUUAACCACUUGGAUUACCUUUAUGGUAUAGAUACAACUAGGCUAAUUAAUAAUAAGGUUAUAAGUUUGUUUGCAAGACAAUAAAGAACUUGUGAUCUUA